CACGUACGUCACACCUGCGAAAGAAUUCUGGGAAACUUGCGAGGAACCAAUGAACGCAAAGAAAUACUGUUGAGGUGGUUGAACUCUAAACGUAUUGGCCACGAAAUAAAAAACUUUACAACCGAUUGGAAUGAUGGUACUGUAAUCUGUCAACUCAUCGACUCGAUCAAACCAGGACUUCUUCCCGAGGAGCAAUACCUUCAAGGAAGUUUGCCACUUAGUAAUGUUCAAAUUGCCAUGGAAACGGCGAAGAGCGCCUUGGGAAUACCGAUGAUUAUUUCUCCAAGCGAUAUGAUUUGUAGCGAGGUGGACGAAUUAAGUGUGAUGACGUACCUUGCUUUGAUCUUCGAGUAUGACCUGGAGUGCAAUUCGGCGCAACAGAGCUCACAUGCGAAAAACCGUAAUGUGGAAAGAGGUGAAAGAGAGCAUGUUGAAAGAGAUGAUAACGAAGAAACGAUUCGAAGUAGUAAUACAGAGAAGGCUAGCGAGACCGUUUUUGGAGUGACUGGUGAAGAAAUUGAGUAUAGGUUGAACUUGCACGAUGUAAAUGCUGACGAAAUAACGGUUUCUAUAGAGUUCAAGCCAUCUGGUAAAAUGACAGAGAGUUUCAAACCUAAUCUCGAGGUGUUCUCGAUGGGAAAAGGUCGAUUUCGAGUUAACUAUACUCCCAAUUAUGCUGGCAAGUAUCGUGUUAGCAUGUACUAUAAAGAUGAACAUAUAGCAGAUAGUCCUUAUUGCUUGCUGGUCUUACCGUCUGAUGACACAAAAACAGAUCUCCUCAAUAACAGCAGUCAGCUGAAUGAUUUGUGCGAUAGAGGACGUCACACGACAUACCGGGGUUUUACGGGAGACGGGGAAGGAUUGAGGCACGCUACAGUCGGAAAACUAGCUGUAUUCACUGUAAUCACAGACAAUCGCGAUAAAGGACCUUUGAGUGUAUGCAUAAACUGCCCAGCUGUAUCAUUACCAGUACCACACGUGAAGAGCACGCGCUCUAAGAACUAUUCAACCCAUACUGUAGCAUAUAUGCCGACGUUGGCAGGGACGUAUACUAUCUACGUAAGAUGGGGGUUAAAACUUAUAAAUGGGAGGCCAUUCCAGGUGUGUGUCAAUGAUUAUGAGCCACCAAAAAUGCCAGCCAUUCGAGAUAAGAAAAAGUCGAAGAGAAGAUCAACACAGUUCAGUCAUAUCAAGGUUUACUACUCAAGCACAUCUUUAGAUCCCAAUGUUAUAAAUGCUACGAAAGAACUCGAGAACGUAUUGGGACGUUAUGGGGUAAGUAGGAAUGCCGAAGAUGGUGUGUGGGUCAGCAUAGAUGUGGAAUUACAAAAGGAUGAAAGAGAAUUGAUAUUCCAUCUUGCUAGAACAAGAACAUUACCUUUGGUCUUCAUUCACGAAGAUUGUCUUGGAAGCUUUAAAGAAGUCAAACAACUUGACGAGAUGAAUGAACUAGAAGAAAAGCUGAUGUUUAAGAUUAGGAAAGUUUAGCGUGUUUACGUGUUUUUUUUGUUUUGUAAUAAAACUAAAAGAAAUCCGCACAAGUUCCAAAGAAAUCUCACGAAAAGAAUUCCUACCGCAUCCUAAACUAGAAAUUUUUAAAAAUCUAUUUAUUACAUAAUGUUAAAAACACAAUACCUUUUUCUCCGUUUUCAUUUAUAAAUAACUUCUUGCUAAAUAGAUCGCUGCACUAACUA